AAUUUAUACCAUCGAUAUUUUACUCGGUGGAGGCAGAAAGCAGAGUAAAAGAAAGCAAAACUGCAGCCGUUUAUUGUAAAUUUCUCCAAUUUUCCUGAGAUUGUGUAAAAAUUGCGUGUACAUGGAUGAUCUAUUCAAAUGGAAGAACAGCUAAAAAUUAUUUUUAUUUUACUGAUUUAUCAGUAUUUAUUAUUAGUUUAAGACUAGAGAACUGGAUGCAGACUUGCAGUUCAUUUUCUCAAUUCCUUUUAUCUAUUUACAAAAUUUCGUUUACCAUGGGAUGUAGAAAUCAGAUCAAGAACAUAUAACCCAAAAUUGUUAAUUCUGAAAAACAACUGUUGGCUUUUCAUGGCUAAGACAAAAAUGCUUUCAGACUUCUAUGGGCUUUUCUGCUGGAUUUCAUGGUUUCAUGCUUCAUAUUCUUUCAUUUCGAAUAUUCCCUUUUGAGUUUGAUGGCAAGCAGAAAUUGUUCAGUUCCAAAUUUCCAGCUUUAAGUUGCAUAUUCAACUUGGAAGUAGAGAGACGAAGAUCGAACACCCUUUUGAAAUGAAGAACAUUGGUGGUAAUAGCAUUUGGCCGCUCUUAGUUGAAGAGUUCACCUUUGAGGCCAAUUCAGCUCCCUUCACAAACUGUCAUGCUUCCACUAUUGUUGAGGUCAGUAAAGAUCAAUUCUUGCUGGCUUAUUUUGGAGGCACAGCUGAGGGGGACACCGAUGUCAAGAUUUGGAUGCAAACUUACAAGGAUGGGAAAUGGCAUGCCCCUGUUGUAGCCGAUGAAGAACUGGGUGUCCCAAUGUGGAAUCCUGUACUUUUCAUGCUUCCUUCCAGUGAAUUACUUUUGUUUUAUAAAAUUGGGCCAACCGUUCAAAGCUGGAGCGGUUGCAUGAAGAGAUCUUACGAUGGUGGUAUGACAUGGAAGGAAAGAGAACAACUUCCUCCUGGUAUAUUAGGACCAAUUAAGAACAAGCCUUUGUUGCUAGAAAACGGAACAUUGCUAUGUGGAUCUUCAGUUGAGAGCUGGAAUUCUUGGGGAGCGUGGAUGGAGAUGACUAUUGAUGCUGGCAGAACAUGGAGAAAGUAUGGACCUAUAUACAUUCAGGAAAAAACUCUCUGUGUGAUCCAACCUGUUCCAUACCAGACUGCAAAUGGUACUUUGCGAGUUUUACUGCGAUCAUUUAGCGGUCUUGACAAAAUUUUCAUGUCAGAGUCCCAUGAUGGAGGUUAUAACUGGAGCUAUGCAAAGCCUAUCGAUUUGCCGAACCCUAAUUCAGGAAUCGACGGCGUUAGACUAAAUGAUGGUCGGCUCGUUUUAGCUUACAACACAAUCUCCAGAAGCAUCCUCAAAGUUGGGCUCUCUGAAGAUGAGGGAGACUCAUGGCAUGAGGUUGCAACACUAGAGGCUACCACGGGGAUGGAGUUCUCUUAUCCAGCUGUCAUCCAGGCCAGUGGUGGAGGAUCAGUCCAUAUCACCUACACAUACAACCGAACUCAGAUUAAGCAUGUAGUGUUGAAGAUCCCUUGAUGAAGUAUAAUGAGAAAAGAACCGCCGGAGAUAAUCGCCUGUUUGGAUGGAUGGAUCAACAUUUCAGUUUUUUUUUUCUUUAUCAUGAGUUUUGUCUGGUCACAUUGUUCAGUGUCUCCUAUUGUCACCAGUCACAAUAUAGCUUAGCCUUUUAUUUUAGCAGCUAGAGCCUAGAGGGUAAUGUGAGUGAAAGUGUUCCCGGCCCCUAAUGUAACAGAACUGCAACCACAUCGUCAUGUAGUGAUGAUUACUGCUUUCUUUUAUGAAUUAGUUUUAGCUUGUUAACUACUCCCUCCGGUCCCAAAACAACUUCACACUUUAUUUUUGGGUAGGUCCAAAAUAAACUUCAC